AUGUCUAUAUCCAGGGCAUCCGUAGCUGAAAGCCAUGCCAUGGAUGCUGGUAUGUCCAGAACCGCCUCCAGAGCAGGAAGCAUUUCCACACUCUGGAGCUCGGCAGAGGUGCCACUUUGUCUAGAUCCUCGUGUUCAGCCCUCCUCCGAUCCCUUUGACCUCUACCCAGCUCGAAAUCACUCGAUCGCUGGCUCCAUUUCACGGAACUCGACACGCUCCAGUCAGCUCUCGAUGGACUUCGGUAGACUCAGCAUUGACAUUCCGGACGAAUACCCUUGCCGGCCCGACAGCAUUCGUCUCACUCCUCCGCGUGCAUCUACCUCGGGCUCUAGCAGCGGCAGCUCUCCCAGCCGUGUCCCCUCGUUCCAUAUCGGCACCAUCGACGAGGACACGCCUAUGCAGUCUUCCUCGCCCAUCUCCCACUUUCCCUACCAGCCGCCUAGCCUUGGCGCGCAGCAUCGCGUGCUCUCUUCCCGCUUUUCCGAGGACACAAUCGAUGAACCCCGCUUGCCGCACUCGACCUCUCAAGGCACCUUUGGCGCUCGGCUCUCGGUCCCUCGCAAAUCUUCUUCCGGCGUCUCAGACAUCUCGGUAAGCGACUCGUCACGGUCCUCGUCCAUGCAAGAUACGAAUGCUUUAGCGCAAGGUCGAGUGCAGAAACCUGCUCAGGCCCCUUCCGAUCUUUAUCGUCGUGCCUAUCGAUUCUUCGACAAAGGAUAUACCGUACAGCCCUCGAUGGACUCCAACGCGCUGACCAGCUCUUCCCCGGCCAACGUCCGCGCGUUCAACGAGGAGCAGCGUCAUGAUCGUCCUUCUCUCGUUGGUAGCGAUCUUUCACAUGAAGGCUCAGUGCCGUCGUGUUCUCGCUCUCAAACUUCGACACACGCAAGUUCUUCCGACUCGGCUUCGGCCUGGAGUGCCGAAGAGUCCCUUUCACGAUCGAGCGCUGGCGGUCCCGUCAUCGUCACCGCUGAGUUCUCCCGACCCGAAGCACACCUGACACCAGCCUCUUCCUCUACAUACGAUAAGCGAAGUCCAUCCUCAUCGCAUAAAAGCGACGCUCUCAGCAUCCCUUCUCUCCCUUCCCUUCCGAGCUUCAACUCGACGCUCACCACCACUCAAGCCGACUACGCUAAAGAAGUCCGACGCCGUCCCAGCACGGCAGACGUCUACAGCCAAGCAUCACGAGUUUCGCCGCACGCUUUGGCUACCCUGCCUCUGCCAUCCUUGCCGCCAGUGUCUUCGCCUACUGACCCUGUGCGAUACGAAGUACAAUCGUACAACAUGGCGCCUGAACCUUCUCCUGCACGCAAGGCCACCAGCUCCAACAACACCUCGAUCGAUGCGAACAAUAGCAACAGAUCCACCUCGUCGAGACUGCUGCGCGCUCGAUUCGCCUCGACGCCCAAGUUACGCCUCGAUGCCAACCCAACGCUCGCGAUUGACCAGGCGCUGCACGUCCAGCAUCCAGUUCCGCCUGUGCCGGGCCCGUUGAACAACCCUGCAGUCGACCGCCGCCCUUCGACAGCGCAAAUGGAUGGCCGGGCCCCCUUCUUUGGUCGUCGCUUCCGUUCGCGUACGCUGGGCGAAUCAGACCGUGCUGAAACAACUAACAUGCAGACAGCUUCUGUUAACGCUGGUUCGCGGGUCCUUCCCGCUCAAGCUCUUGUGUCUCCUCAGCGGCCUCUUGUGCUUUCUAGCUUAUCGUCAGGAGCAGCUUCGGCUUCUUUGAUCCCUCAGCGUCAUCCAAGCCAGGUCUCUGCAAUCAGCUCCGACCUUCACUCUCCUCUCUACCCCAUGCAGCCAACCCCAGGCUCGUCGAUCAGCUCGGCCACAUCUCCCGCCACCACCAACAGCUCCCUUCCCGCGACACCGCGUACCACUACCACCUUUCCCCGUCCUAAGAGCCGCGGUACCGGCUCGGCAUCCAAGACAGGAGGUGCCGGCUGGGCGUCAUACCUUCAGUCCGGUCUCACGCUGCAUCUCGAAGGCGAUCACGGUCGUGCCUAUCAAAUCAACUUGAGCUACCUCGGCUACGAUCCCUUUGGAAGGCCCGAACAGCUCGUGGAAGGCACCGAAGCUGCGCGUGUCUUGACGCCAAAGCGGCCCAAGUCACGAGGUGACAAGGAUCAAGAAGCCGAGCAGUCUGGUACGCUCGAGUUUGGGCCCGGCGAAGAAACACGCCUGGUCGAUGGCUUCACCUUCGAGAUGGGCCGCAAGUCGGAAGUCGCGGUGCUGCUAAAGCAUCUUACCGUCGGCGAAGAUACUAAGGCCGACCUGCUGACUCGUCAGGCAUCCCUUUCGCUGUCGGCGCAGGGCAAUCAUGAAGUGUCGGGCUACGAACGCAAGGGAAGGCUGGCGUGGAAGUUUGCUUAUCGCGUCGAGACGGAUGGUGGGCAUAUGGGCAAAAGACGACUGGUGCCGCUGCGGUUCUCUUGCUCUGCCACUCUGCUCAACCCGGAGCGGGCGAGAAAGUCUCGGCUUCUCAACCUGGUCAAGAAGCAGAUGGUCCCGACACUGGCGUCCAAGGCCAUGGCGAGCGCUGAGACGCUCGACUCGCCUAGAUCUGCAUCCUACGCGUACGACGAGGGUCUAGCCACGACGACGGCCUCACCUGCUUCGUCGCGUCAAUCAAAUCGACAGCUUACCGCGGAUCCAACCUCGCCCGUUCGACGCAACCACAUCGUGAACAGUGCCGGUGGCAACAGCGCCUACAACAGUCCCUUGCGCCACGUGAGCCGCACCGCUGCCUCGGCGACGAGCGUCACUUCGGCCGAAUCAAGUUUCUGUUCGCAGCCCACUACACCCGGCAGAGAGGCGGCUCAACCUGAUGGCCCGAUGACCCGGAUGCAUGUCCUCCAAGCGUCGCCCGUCUCUGCGCAAUUUGGACAACCCACUUCGGCGCAUCGCCAGCUUCGAUCUUUUGCUAGCGCUGGUGCUGGUGUUGCACCUGCGCUUCAGCUGGAUCUCGGGCAGCACGUGGUGUCGGAGCCUGGUGCAAGCAGCAAGAGGUUGCAAGAAAAGGCGUCGAUGGCGUCGUCGCUCAGCGUCUCUUCGAUGAGCUCGGGCAGUGUACAGCUAGCUAAGCCGAUGGUGAUCAACGGACGCAAGCUGAUUCCGAUCAGUCUACCUGCUGGUUUGGCACGAAAGAGUCGGAUCGAUCCUGCGUUGCUGCGGGCGAAUGUGAUUGCUGGCUCCCCCGCCAGUGCCCCUGCUGCAGAGUCGGCGGAUAGGCAGAGAAGCACGUCGAUGAACUCAUCUGCUAGCUCGUCGGAACAGAGUCAUCGUCGACGCGUGGCAAACACAAGCAAUGGCCUCAAGUGUCUACUGUCCAGCCAGCCUCGUACAGGCGCUGCGUCGGCCGGCUCCAACAGUCGGCCACCUACCGCCUCGGAGACAAUCAAGCUGGAGUACCUCGCACGGACUGCUUCGGAAAACUCUUCCCCCGUCUCGUUCGCGACCUCUCCGACGAUGCUUGAGCAGCCAGCUCAGCCUCAAGGCUUGCGACACCAAAAAUCCCUCGGAGCCGCCAUCCUCACUCCGUCCUCGUUUGCCGAUGGGGAACGACGCAGACGACGAAGCAAGACCAACGAAGAGGGAGGACGAUUGCGACCGUUUACGGCGGAUGCCUGGGGCGAGUCACAGUAUCCGACGCCGGAACAGCAGAUGCGGGCAUUGAGUCAGCAGCAUUACCAGCAACAGCAACAGCAGCGGGAGCAGUGGGAGCACCGACCUCACAUGGUGGAGAGGGGCGUGUCGUUUGGCUCGUACCACUCGAGUGUCGAGAGCGGCAGCGGCGGUAGGAGGAGAGGUGAGGAGGGAAUCAAGCCGCUCACAGCUCCUCCUCGACCGGGUAGCCGCAGUCGACCGAGGACUGCACAGACGAUCACCGCUGCGACGGUUGCGCCGGAGGGUGCAAGCUAUCGUGUGGCUAUGCAACACGUGCAAGGGGUUCGAUCCUAA